UUUAAUCUCUGGUGGUUGCUUAUUGACUCUGUUAAAAACAGCAGCUACUCAGUGAAAAGAGCUCCUCUACAUCCUGUUCGCAGGUGAGUUUGAAGGAGAGGAUCUUACCACCUGCAGCUCUCCCUGAAACCCAAAGUUUCCAGAGCCUCUCUCAGCAAUGGCUAUGGUGUGUCUUGCAGACUUUGAAGCUUAUGCUAAAAAGCAUUUACCCAAGAUGGCUUGGGAUUUUCUUGCAGCUGGAGCAGAUGACUGUAGCACCCGAGAUGAAAACAUCCUGGCAUAUAAAAGAAUCCGUUUCCGGCCUCGUAUGCUGCGGGAUGUAUCCGUGAUGGACAUUAGGACUAAGCUCCUGGGGACUGAAAUCAGCUUUCCUGUAGGAAUCGCCCCUACUGGCUUCCAUCAGCUAGCAUGGCCUGAUGGAGAGAAAAGCACAGCCAGAGCAGCCACAGCGAUGAAUACCUGUUACAUUGCCAGCACGUACUCCACCUGUACAUUGGAAGAGAUCGCUGCGGCUGCCCCCGGCGGCAUCCGGUGGUUCCAGCUCUACAUCCACCGCAACAGGGCAGUUUCCCAGCAGCUGGUCCAACAGGCAGAGGCCUUGGGCUUCCAGGGCCUUGUCCUCACCACAGAUGUGCCCUAUACGGGCAAAAGGCGUGAUGAUAUCCGCAAUGGUUUCCGCCUUCCUCCCCACAUGAAACUGAAGAACUUGGAAGGAGCCUUUGAGGGGGAUGACUGUUCUGAGUAUGGACUGCCACCCAACAGCUUGGAUCCUUCAAUAACCUGGAAUGAUAUCUACUGGUUGCGGAGCCUGACCCGCCUGCCCAUCAUCAUCAAAGGCAUCUUGACGAAAGAAGAUGCAGAGCUGGCAGUGAGACAUGGGGUUCAGGGAAUUAUUGUGUCCAAUCAUGGUGGAAGGCAACUAGAUGGAGGACCUGCCACUAUUGAUGCUCUGGUUGAGGUUGUGGAUGCAGUACAAGGCAAAAUUGAAGUCUAUUUAGAUGGUGGAAUACGAAAAGGAAGUGAUGUAUUAAAAGCACUGGCACUGGGAGCAAAAUGCGUCUUUAUUGGAAGACCAGCUUUAUGGGGUUUGGCUUACAAGGGAGAAGAGGGGCUUCAAGAUGUGCUGCGGAUUUUGCAGGAUGAGUUUCGUUUGUCAAUGGCCUUAGCUGGCUGUGCCAGCAUCUCAGAAAUUGGUCGACACCUAGUUCAGUUCUCAAAGCUGUGAAGGGCCUCCUGCAAUGCCCACCAAACAAAGGUGCUUCACACUGGGGUCCCAACCAGACUGAAGAGAGAAAAGGACGUGAAAACAUCGAAUGUGCAAAAACUAUCGGAUAAGGCCUGCAGGAAACUCCUUAGGAGACAGGGAAAGGUUCCAUGUUGCAAGGGCUCACCUCUGCUUUUGCUGAGAUCAAGGAGUUCUUCAACACCUUGAGUAAUUGUUACUUGCUUUAAUACAUUUUCUUCAAACCAGA